GGUUUACCUAUGCAACCGACCGUCGUCCUUCUUCGCGAAGGAACAGACACUUCUCAAGGCAACCCGCAGCUGCUUUCCAACAUAUCGGCAUGCCUUGCCAUCGCGGAGACCCUUUCGAGUACUCUGGGACCUAGGGGAAUGGACAAACUGAUUGUAUCAGAUCGUGGAGAAGCCCAAAUAACGAACGAUGGCGCGACAAUUCUGAAACUUCUCGAUAUCGUCCACCCCGCCGCGCGUACUCUUGUGGACAUAGCUCGGGCUCAGGAUGCAGAAGUUGGGGAUGGGACGACUAGUGUUGUGCUUCUGGCAGCUCAGUUGUUGAAGGAAGUCCGGUCGUUCAUCGAGGAGGGUGUUAGCCCUCAUAUUAUCAUGAAAGGUUUUCGCCAAGCUUCUCAACUAGCCAUUGACCGGAUAAAAGAGCUUCAAGUAACAGUUGAUAAGUCAGAUCCCGAGAAAUUUCGUUCUUUGCUUCUAAAGUGCGCGUCAACAUCGAUGUCUUCCAAGCUGAUCCAUUCGGAAAAGCCCUUUUUCUCAAAAAUGGUUGUCGAUGCUGUUCAAUGUCUGGAUCAAGACGAUCUGGAUGAGUCGCUCAUUGGAGUAAAGAAGAUUGCAGGUGGAGGAAUGCAAGACUCACUCCUCAUCAAAGGAGUCGCUUUCAAAAAGACGUUUACAUACGCAGGCGCCGAACAACAACCCAAACAUUUCGUCAACCCACUCAUUCUCUGCUUAAACGUCGAGUUAGAAUUGAAGGCCGAAAAAGACAACGCUGAGGUGCGGGUUGAACAAGUUUCCGACUACCAGGCCAUUGUCGACGCCGAAUGGGAAAUCAUCUACCGUAAGCUCGAGGCAAUUGAAAAGAGUGGCGCCAAAGUCGUUCUAAGCAAGCUUCCUAUUGGUGAUUUGGCAACACAAUGGUUCGCUGACCGUGAUAUCUUCUGUGCUGGCCGUGUUGCUGCGGGCGACCUCAGGCGAGUCGUGCAGGCCGCUGGUGGUGCGGUCCAGUCGACAUGCUCCGAUAUUGGCCGCGAGCAUUUGGGCGUCUGCGGUGACUUUGAGGAGAGGCAGAUUGGUGGUGAGAGAUACAACAUCUUCCAAGACUGCCCUAAGGCAAAAACUUGUACUUUGAUCCUUCGCGGAGGCGCAGAGCAAUUUAUCGAGGAGGUUGAAAGAAGUUUGCAUGAUGCAUUAAUGGUCGUUAAACGUGCUAUCAGGAACGGGGAGGUUGUCGCAGGAGGCGGUGCCAUUGAAAUGGAACUCUCUGCCUACAUUCGUAAACAUGCUCUAUCUAUUCCAGGCAAACUUCAGCUUAUCAUUGCUGCAUUCGCCAAGGCUCUUGAGAUCAUUCCUCGUCAGAUAUGCGACAACGCUGGUAUCGAUUCUACUGAUAUCCUCAAUAAGCUGAGGAUGAAACAUGCCAAUGAUGGCAAAUGGUUUGGCGUUGACGUGGACGGACCCUCUGGCGUACGAGACAACAUGGAUGCGUUUGUCUGGGAACCCAGCCUGGUGAAGGUCAACGCGAUCAGCAGUGCUGCUGAAGCGGCUUGCUUGAUCCUCAGCGUCGAUGAAACUGUUCGAAACCCUCAAAGUGAAGCUCAAAAUGCCGGACCAAAGGCACCCCCAGGCACUGCUCAGCGAGCAAUCAGGGGUAGAGGACGUGGUAUGCCUCGCCGGUAGGCCGCUCGAGACGAACCAAUAGAGAUCAGUGCCGUGUAAUGUACUAUCUUUUCGUGGAGUAAUCAAGCUAAGAAGAUUUCAAUGCC